AUGGCGUCCGCGUGCGUGGCGAGUAGCAGCCGGCAGACUUCGCCUGGUUGCGAUGCGAUUACAGCGAAUGACCUAGCGAAGCUCAUGGCGAAGAAGAGCUCGUUCGAGAAAGCGGUGAAGGACCUGGCAGCUCUAGUGGCCGCGCAGUACCCUUCCUCUUCUCUGGACGAGCAGCAGAAGAUGAUCGCAGCCGUCCAUCGCGCAGCUACUCUCCUUAAGACUCGCUACACGACGCGUGGCUUCUGGGCGGCGGGUCUCGUGCUUUUCCGCGCGGCCAGCACCGUGUUGGGGGAGGGAGCGGAGCGGAACCGCGUUCAGCAACACAUCAAGUCCGCGCAGGAGUUUCUGGGGGAAGGCGGGGGAGGGGAAGGCGGAGAAGAAGAUUCGUCGCAGGGAGUAGGCGGGGGACGAGGGGAUGGGGAAGGGGAGCAGGGAGCAGGGAGGGCAAGAGAAGUGAGAGGAGGUGGGGGGGGCAUGCUCGCUGCCGCGUCUCCUUCCUUUCAGUUUGAGGGUCAACUGACAGCAGCAGCAGAGCCGCCACGGCCUGAUUGGCUGGUGGCUCAGACGCUGCUGACUACUCUGGCUGCGGCUCAGCAGCAGAGGGACCUGGAUGUCAUUGCUGCUGACAGCAAUAGUGACAGCAAUCCUGAGCGGGAAGACAGAGAUCCGCAAGAAGGUCAAACCCCUCAUCAAGCCAUUUCAGCGCUCCUGCAGGGCGGAACAACGUUGGAGGAUCUGCUACAGGAUGCGAUAGCAAGAGGGGGAGCUGACGACUUGCUGACCCCUGGCCUGGCCGAGGCUCUCGAAGCCAGCAUGCAGGCGUCUCAGCCGCCUAGCGCCCCGCCUGCCUCUAAGAGAGCGGUGAAGCAGCUGCCUGUGCUUGUGUACAGUGAGGCUGGCGUGGUGCCGUUGGCCGGGGUUGGGAGUACUGGCGUUAGUGGUAGUACUGGCAGCAGCAGCAGUGGAGGGAAGUCUGAGAAGGGGGAGAGUGUUGGUUUGAGAGGGGAGGGGGUAGAUGGGGAGGGGAAGGGGGAGGAAGGGGAGGGGAGUGCGGACGAGUGCAGUGUGUGCAGGGAGAAGUGGGAGGUGGGUGACAAGCUGAGGGAGAUGCCAUGCAGCCAUCGGUUCCAUGUGGACUGCUUGCAGCCAUGGCUGGAUGAGCACAACUCGUGUCCUUUGUGUCGCUACGAGAUGCCAACAGACGACCAUGUUUACGAGAGGCGCAAGGAGCGAGAGAAGGAAGAGGAGGAAGAACGUAGAGCCACACACUCACCGUUUCUCGUCGACGCCACAGCAGCUGCCACAAUGCUGCCAUGCUGCCUGGCGGUGUGGGGAUGCGCGUGUUGCGGGUGGGCCGUGCACCGCCUCGUCCGCAAGGGCGCGGACGCCAGCCGCGACUGGCCCGCCGCGUCAAAGGACGAAAUGGCGGACUUUCCGCGCCUCGCGACCCUCAUACUCGCGUCGUACGAACCCGACUUACCUAAGUGCCUACAGCUCCUAGAGUCCGUUUCCGACGAUCACGGUAACAUCCCCCCGCAAACCGACGCUGCCGCUGCCGGGAAACCAUCCAAACAAAGCGACUCCGACGCCACGCACGCGCAAUCGGCGAAGGAAAAGGACCCCGAUUCCGAAUCCAACGGCAAGGACGGUCAGCCGAAAGGAAAGCGGGAAGUGAUAGAGGCGCGCGUGCUGCGGAAAGUGGAGCAGCGGGAGACGGAGGGGCAGUGCCCGUCGUACCUAGUGUACCUGGACGAGGCGAAUGAAGACAUCACCGUGGCCAUGCGCGGCAUGAACCUGACUCAAGUGUCGGACUAUGCGAUCCUCAGGAACAACCGCAAGGGCAAGCAGGUCCGUGCGUCCUCACGAACGCUCCCCGCUUGUCCAGAUGUUCGAUUGCGGUUACGUGCACUGCAGUUUACUUGCAGCAGCGGGCGCAUUUCUGCAUCUCGAGAUGGACCACCUCAAGCGCCUCCUGCUCGCCUACUCCCCCGCCCCUAUUUCCCUCUGGCCCUCCAGAUGUUUGAUGGAGGCUACGUGCACUGCGGGCUACUCGCAGCGGCAGGCGCGUUUCUAGACCUCGAGAUGGACCAUCUCAAGCGCCUGCUGCGCCGCCACCCCACUCACACUCUCACACUCACGGGCCACUCCAUAGGCGCGGGUGUGGUGGCGCUGGCAGCCAUGGUGCUGGCCAACAACCUGCGUGAGCUGGGCCGCGUGCGCAGAGGCCGCAUCCGCUGCGUGGGGUUCUCUCCUCCGCGCUCUGCUUCUCUGAACCUGGCAGUGCGCCAUGCGGAUAUCAUCACCUCGGUCGUGCUGCAGGUGGGUGGUGCUGCAGGUGGGUGGUGCUGCAGGUGGGUGGUGCUGCAGGUGGGUGGUGCUGCAGGUGGGUGGUGCUGCAGGUGGGUUGUGCUGCAGGUGGGUGGUGCUGCAGGUGGGUGGUGCUGCAGGUGGGUUGUGCUGCAGGUGGUUGGUGCUGCAGGUGGGUUGUGCUGCAGGUGGGUGGUGCUGCAGGUGGGUGGUGCUGCAGGUGGGUGGUGCUGCAGGUGGGUGGUGCUGCAGGUGGGUGGUGCUGCAGGUGGCUAA